GGCGCAAUGCAAGGUGUGGCAAGUGUUUCUAUACGAAAGAGGAGCAACGAAACGAAAACAAUAAUUGUCAAUGACCAAAUAAUUUGAAUCGAUCGACUUCACGUCUCUGUCCGCGAGUCAAGAGACCGAGAGAUCAUGACGGUGGAUAAACAAGAGUAUCACAGGGCUUCUAACGCCGUUGUUUUCGGCGGAGGACUCACCUUUGUAUCAUUAUUCCUCUUAAUGAUGGCUUUUAUAAGUCCGUAUUGGAUAGAAUCAUAUGAGGAGACAUUCAGCAGUUUUAAGCACAUGGGACUCUGGGAAUAUUGCUUUGAACAAUUCCGUUAUCCUUAUUACCAGUUUGACAAGCAAUUCGACGGCUGCCAUCACAUCUUUUCACAAGAAUAUUAUGUUAUAAGAGAGUGGCUGCUGCCAGUGUGGCUCAUGAUUGUGCAAGCGUUUGUCACACUGGCUUUAUUACUUUCUUUCUUUGCUUUCUUUGUGAUAAGCCUGAUCUGGAUACGUUGGCCAUUGAGAUUUGUCCUGCAUUACGAAUGGAUUCUGUCGUCUGUCGCUUUCAUAUGCGAUGCAAUUGCCGGUGUGCUUCUCUUCUUGGCAGUAGCCAUAUUCGGUGGACAAUGCUGGCGUCGAGACUGGUUAAUGUAUCCAAAUUACAAUCAUUUGUCGUGGUCGUAUGGUCUCGCGGUCGUAUCGUUCAUGUUGCAUAUAUUUGCUGCGUUCUUUCUAUAUCUAGAUGCGCGGACUGGUUACAAAUUGCGUAAAGAAUCUCGCAAUCUGGUAAUGCAAAUGCAACCGAAUCCUCAGUCUCAUCACAGUCUCCCACGAAGCGGAUAUAUAUAAUAUUAAAUCGUAUUUGGCAGAAAGUUUCUGCACAAGGUUUUUAUUACUGUUAAACUAAACAAGAGCGCGAGAUUUAUCUUUUAA